AUGACUUAUUUUAUGUUUUUGUUAUUGAUAGCUUUAGUUGUGGGUUUAAUUGCUGUUGCUUCUAAUCCUACGCCUUAUUUUGCUGCUUUAGGUUUAGUGGUAGCAGCGGGGGUUGGGUGUGGAAUUUUAGUUGGUUAUGGGGGCUCUUUUUUGUCUUUGGUUCUCUUUUUGAUUUAUUUAGGGGGGAUGCUUGUGGUGUUUGCUUAUUCAGCGGCUUUAGCUGCUGAGCCUUUUCCGGAAGCUUGAGGAAGUCGUUCUGUGGUUGGAUAUGUAUUAGUGUAUUUGUUGGGUGUUGUGUUAGCAGCUGGCUUGUUUUGAGGGGGGUGAUAUGAAGGUUCUUGAAUGGUUGUUGAUGGGUUGAAAGAGUUUUCUAUGCUGCGUGGUGAUGUAAGUGGUGUGGCUGUUAUAUAUUCUUUUGGUGGGGCAAUGCUGGUUAUUUGUGCAUGAGUAUUGCUUUUAACUCUACUUGUGGUGCUGGAGCUUACUCGAGGUUUAAGUCGUGGUACCCUUCGGGCUGUUUAA